GCGACCGAGUACGACACGCCCGAGAAGGUGAGCAUCGUCAAGCGCGUGGAGGACGAUCGGAACCAGUGUCAGCAGGCCGUUGAGGCAAUAUUGCGCGGCGGCGAGCGCCCUGACGAGCUGCGGAUCGUCGACCACCUGCACGCGUUCCUGGCGUCGCCCAGCGUCGGCCACCUGAUGCAGUCGAAAGGAUUUGACAAAUCCAUGCUGGAGCCCGUCCCUGGCGCCUUCGCCGACGACGCCGACGGCGGGUCUGGCCAGCAGCAGGAGCCCGCUCUGAGCGGCAAGGAUCUGAGGGAAAAGGAGUUCUGGGACCGUGUCAAGGCUGGCGGGUUCUUUUUCAAGGCCAACGCUCGGGGUGGAAAUGCAAUUGCGUCGCGCUUCGAGCGGGCGCGCAAGAGGAACGACGAGAAGGGGCGGCAGCUGGCGGCGGACUACGCGGCAUGCGCUGGCGACGAGGAGAAGGCCAAGAAUUUCAGGCAGAAGUGGGCGGAGGGCGAGUAUAACACGUACGUGAAGUCCCGCACCUUGACGACCACGUACAAGAAGACCACCAUCAAGACAGGGUGGUAUUUACCACUGGGGCGCGUGGUCCACAAGGAGGGCGGGGGCAA